AAAAAAUCGAAGAAGCUCAAAUUAACCCAAAAACAAACACACAAAAAAGCGAAGCAGAGCAAAAUCUCGUGCUGCUUCUUCGUCCUCUUGUGCGCCUUCUUCGAUCCCUGUCUCUUUCUCCUCUCACUUCUUGCUACGAAAUGAGAAUUAGGGUUUCAUACAUCCUAGCUUUUCUCCUCUUCUCCUCUCCCUUCUUCCAAGUUGGUAGGUCUCAAUCGGAUUCAGAUGUAGAAAUUUCUGAUGCUGCCGAAGCUGCUAUAGAAGGAGGCGAUCUUGGGAUUGUUGGUGACGAUGUUGAAGUUUUUGGGGACGGGACUUUUAGUCCAGCUCCGGGAGUGGAAACUAUCUGCUUUUUCCGAAAAAAUCCUUCGCGAUCCAUAGCAGCAGGGGAAGAGGCUGAACUAAUAGUUGGAAUGAAAAAUGAGGGGGAAUCAAUUGUGAAUGUCAUUGCAAUCAAGGCCAGUGUUCAUCUUCCUUUUGAUCAUAGCCUUUUGGUUCAAAAUCUUACUUCACAGGUUUUUAACAACGCUUCAGUUCCUCCAUCAGCUCAGGCUUCUUUUCCAUACAUAUUUGCUGUCAGCAAAUUUUUGCAGCCCGGAACAUUUGAUCUUGUGGGCACCAUUGUCUACGAGAUAGACCAGAACCCAUACCAGAGUACGUUCUACAAUGGUACCAUUGAAGUUACUGAAGCUGGUGGCCUUGUCAGUGUCGAGUCUGUUUUCCUGUUUUUCCUUGGAAUCGCCCUUGUUGGCUUUCUUGGAAUAUGGAUUCGUGGUCAGAUACAGCACCUUUCCAAGAAAACUAAGAGGGCACCAAAGGUUGAAGUUGGAACUAAGACAACUGAUUCCUCAAUGGACGAAUGGCUGCAGGGAACUGCAUAUGCUCAAUCUCUGUCCAGCAAAUCAAAAAAGAAGAAGUAGAUUAACAUGCUCUCCCAGAUAAAUGGCUGCACAAAGUAUUGUGAUGAGGCUUAGAGUCUUGUAAUUCAAAGUUAGGGAUUUGGUAAUUUUAAGAGAGCCCAAAAAGUGAAGUAGAUUUUGGAAAAAUAGGCCAGGAAGGACUUGCCUCAUGGUAGUGCGAGGAAGAAAUUUAUUACAUUUCAUUUUCUAGGAUGCGGAAAGUUGAACCUUUUUAAAGCAAAACUGACGGAGAUUUGAGGUAGGAAAGAUACAGUUUUGUGGAAGUCUAGACUUUUUUUUUUGAUUUCUUGGCUUUUCCUGUGAAUGAUUCUAUGAGCUGUUGAGCUAUAUUCUUUUGAGAAAAUUCAACACCAAUGCUGGCUUUAGUCCAAUGACUUCAGGUAAAAGGACAUAAGAUAAGCGGCGCCCCUGUUUAGGACAUUGUUUCUCUUCAUUAGUUUCAGCACUGGUGGUUUAUGUUUGGAAUGUGGAAUUGUUUUACAUUUGUGUGUAAAAGCAUUUUGUGAGAUUUGAAUAUUUGUAUAGCAUUAUUAGGGGGGAAGAGAAAGAAAGGAGAAAGCAAAGAGGAAUAGCAAAAAACAGAAAACAGUAAAUUGACGAUGUUGUCAAAUGCCACUUGAGGAUCUAUUGUAUUGUAUUGUUUUCAAUUUCUGUUUUUGUUU